UCGUCUCUGGAGUCUUAAGUUUUAGAAAGAGAUUGUCUUUGGAGGUUAAGUUCUAGAGAGAGAGAGAUUGUCUUUAGAGUAAUGGAGGAGUGUAUUGAAGGUUUGGUUAGAGAGAUGAAAGGAAUGAUGGUUGAUAUGGAUGUUUAUUCUUGUGUUUUUUCAUCUGCUUAUGAUACUGCAUGUCUUGCCAUGCUCCCCAGUGAAAAGAGUUCCAAAGGCUCCAUGUUUCCUAAGUGUUUACAAUGGAUUAUUGAGAAUCAAAGGGUAGGGGGCUUUUGGGGAGAGGGAUAUGAGUACAACUCACCCACCAUUGAGUCCCUUCCUUCUACAUUUGCAUGCAUAAUUGCCCUCAAGAGUUGGAAUGUUGGGCAUGAAUGCAUAGAGAAAGGGCUGGAGUUCAUUCAUGGGAACAUAAACAAGCUCCUACUUGAACAAUCUCAACUCUCAGGUGCUCAAAGGUUUACCAUCAUUCUUCCAGCCAUGAUUGAGCUAGCAAAUAGCAAAGGGUUAGAGAUCUUUCCCAAAGGUGUUCCAGACCUAGUUAAAUCUGUCUUUAAAGAGAGGGAUAAUAUUCUUCAAAGGGAAGGAAAUGCUCAAGCUCUUCAAGCACCACUAUUGCAUCACCUUGAAGCCCUGCCAUUGCAUCUCAUGGAUAGAGAGUUCACAAAGCUGUUAAUGGUUGAUCUGUUGGAGAAUUUAGGGUUGGGAGAAUACUUUACUAAGGAAAUACAAGAAAUGUUAGGUGGUAUCUACAAGAUGUGGAUGGAGAAAGGUCAAGGGACAACAUGGGAGCAGUUUGAGAAGAAACAAAUUUGCAUGGACUCCUUAGCCUUCAGACUUCUACGCAUGCAUGGUUACAAUGUGUCUCCAAGUAGGUUUUGCUGGUAUUUGGACAACAUGGAAAUUAGAUCACAUGUGGAAGAGAAUUAUGAGGAAUACUUGAGCUCCAUGCUAAGUGUUUACAAGGCAUCUCAUCUUAUGUUUGAUAGAGAAAUUGAACUUGAAAAGGCUAGGUCCUUCUCCAAAAUGCUGUUAGAGAAGGCAAUGUCCAAUAAUAUAUGGGAAAAUUUCAGUACUGUCAACAAUCUUCAAGAUGAGAUCAAAUAUGAGCUGAGAGUUCCAUGGCUUGCCCGACUUGACCAUUUGGUGCACCGGCGGCACAUCGAACGAUUUGAAGAAGGAGUCAUGUUGUGGAUGGGAAAUGGUUCCUAUUUUAGGUUGCCUUCUCGAGCCCACAAUAUUCUAGAAGAAUUGGCUAAAAGAAACUACAGUAUGAGACAGUCCAUGUACAGGGACGAAAUUGAAAAGCUUGAGAAGUGGGUAAGGAAAAGUGGCAUCCAAGACCUAGGGUUUGCUCGACAAAAAACAACAUAUUGCUUCUUUGCCUCAGCUGCUGCAAUCUGUGAGCCGAACAUGUCCUUGGCACGAAUGUCCUCAGCCAAGAGUGGAAUCCUUGUCACAGUGAUUGAUGAUUUCUUUGACAUUCAUGGAUCAAUGGAUGAAUUACAGAGUUUCACAGAUGCAAUUGAAAGAUGGAAUGGAGGAGGCCUAACGGCACAUGCCAAGGUUCUCUUUUGUGCACUAGAUGACCAUAUAAACACCAUUGCCAAGCAAGCCUUUCAUCAGCAGGCGCGAGACAUAACGGACCAUCUUAGACAAAUAUGGUAUAAAGCCAUUAAAGCAUGGCUUAAAGAAGCUGAGUGGAUCAGGAAUAGUUAUAUCCCCUCCGUAGAGGAAUAUAGAGAAGUUGCAAUGGAAUCAAUUGGGCUAGAACAGAUCGUUCUCCCUGGUGUUUAUUUGGUUGGUCUGGAAAUAUCAAAUGAAAUAAUCCACCAUGAUCAUCAUAAGAAGAUUCUAGAACUAGUCACGCUUUCUACGCGCCUCUUGAACGACAUGCAAAGCUAUGAGAGGGAAAUCAAGGAGUGCAAACCCAACUUUGUUUCCUUGCUUUUGAGACAAAAUCGAAGACAAACAACCCAAGAUGUAAUUGACAACUUGAAGAAGAUUUUGGAUCAGAAGGAAAGAAGGCUAUUGGAGAAACUUUUGAUUGAGGAAGAAAAUAGUUUGCCAAGCCCAUGUAGAAAGAUUCAUCUUAGAAUUCUCAAAAUAUUCCAAAUGUUCUACAAUGGAACCAAUGUCUUUGAUUCUCCGACGCAACUUCUAGGCGACAUCAACAAAGCCAUAUACAAGGAUAUUACUUCAGGAUGUGCAUCAGCCACUCAAAUACAACCCAUGUGUGAGCCGAUUUGUGGUUCGUGCAAAUAGAAUGAUCGCUCAUAGGUGAUUUUGUGCUCCCAAUUGCUAGAGACUUGCCAUUCAAAGCUAAAAUCCCUCUGUAUUUGGUAUAUGUAACAAGAGUCCCUCGACCCUUAGGAACUUAGCCAUAAGAGCCACUUGGUUUUUGAAAAAAUGGAGGUCGUAGGAGAGUGUAGCUGCAAACUAGGGUCUUUAUGUAAUUGAUCUCUUUAGGCCAUGAGAGUUUUUAUGAAGCAAGCUCAAAACAAAUUUGUAAUUGAGCCUUAGAUGAAAUAUCACCCAUUUGACUAGGAAUCAUCCAAGUUGGAUCGGUAUUGGGAGGUGGGGGAUUCCAGUUCGAGAAACCUUGGAACCAUCUUGAUUCUCCAUCUUUUAUUUUUUUUAAUUUCUUUGUUAUGUCUCCCAAUCAGACUCGAGAUUCACCUGAUUCAGACCAAGAAGAUUGGAGCGUUGGCUCAGGACACUUUCCAAUUUUCUAAUCACUAGCUUGAUGGGAUUGGCACUCCAUUUUACUUGUAGAAUAUAUUAAA